AUGAAGUUCCUCAGGCAGGCAAUCAACGGGGUCCGCAGUGCCCGCUCCUUCUCCUCGUCGGCGGUCUCGCGCAAAGACUUCAUCCAGGAUCUCUAUGUCAAGGAGUUGAAGUCGUACAAGGCACCCCCUCCUGCCAAGGAUGCCCACGUCGGCGCCGUGAAGCAAUACACCAUCCCGCCAGCGCCCAAAGCGCCCUCUCUACCCUCGGACGUCGCGGCCGAACUGAACGCGUACGACGCGUCGGAGCCCUCGAAGGACGCAGCGCCCAAGGCCGCUGCCACGACGACGACGGAGACCGCUGGCGAGGGCGCGGAGACGUUCCUGGCUUUCUUGGAGAAGGACGAGCCCAAGGCGGAGGCGCACCACUAG